AUGAAGCUCCCCAAGCAAGUAGGAUAUCUGGAGAUGAAAUACGUACAGAAUCGGUGGAUUGACAAAAGCAAUCCUAAAAGGAAAAGAGAAGUGUCACAACGACCAGAAAAGGAAUCUAGGAAAUGUACUAAAGCACAAAGUGCAAACACAACAGAUAAAAGCAAGAAAAAUGUCAACCCAAAAGAGACAUCGAAGCACCGUAAAGAACAAGAAUUACCUGCAUCUGAUAAAGGUUCGAAGAAAGGAUCAAAAGAAAAAAGAGGACCGAAAGGUACCCCAAAAGCCAAAACAGCACAGAAGGGCCAGCCUAAAAAGAGGAAAAGCAGGCAAGAUGAAGACAACCCGUUCCUAAAUAGAGUUUCACCCCAUGUUGUAUGCGAUUUUGUUGCUAAACUGGAUAACAUACAAAAAAACGCUGUCAGAGAAAUCGGGUUUGGGCACCUUCUGGAUAUCAAAUUUGAGAGGUUUGACGACCCAGAUUUGUGCAAAUACCUUCUGGACAACUACGAGUGA